AUGGCACAAGGAGAUAGCAACAAGAGGAAGACACCAAACAUAUUGAUAACGGGUACACCAGGAACUGGGAAAACAACUACAGCAUCGACUCUGGCAGAGGCCACCCAGCUCUGCCAAAUUAAUAUUGGGGAUUUGGUCAAAGAGAAGAACUUGCAUGAUGGAUGGGAUGACCAGUUUGACUGCUACGUAAUUAAUGAAGACCUGGUGUGUGAUGAACUUGAAGAUAUAAUGGAAGAAGGUGGAAACAUAGUGGAUUAUCAUGGUUGUGAUUUCUUUCCUGAGAGAUGGUUUGAUCGAGUGGUGGUUCUGCAAACCGACAAUUCUGUCUUGUAUGAUCGUUUGAGGAAGAGGGGUUACUCAGAGACAAAGAUAUCCAACAACAUGGAAUGUGAAAUCUUCCAAGUCCUGUUGGAGGAGGCUAAAGAAAGUUAUCCAGAAGACAUUGUGGUGGCAUUAAGGAGUGAUUCUAUCGACGACAUCACCAACAACAUUGCCACUCUCUCUCACUGGCUCACCACCUGGCAAACUGUUCCAUAG